AUGACGGGCCAGCGAGCCCCGAGACCCCUCCCCCUGCCCCGGCCCCCACCCCGCCGCCCGCGCCCGCGGUUGCCUGCGCCCGGACAGGAAAGCGCGGCGGGCCGACCCGACUUGCCGAAAGGGCCUGAGGCGGGGGGCGCCCGGGUCCCAGGGCCCUGGGGAAGGACCCCCAGCCGCAGGCCGCCCCAAGUGCAAAGCAUUGACACGGUCCAGAGAGGAGAGGGGGCGCCCUCCUUCUCCCGCGCCCGGCGGCCCGGCAGCUCUGGCCCGCGCCCCAGCUUGGCCUCCGACCCCGCUCCCGGCCGUGGCGCCGCCCGGGCCCCUGCACUCCGGAGGGAGGCUGCGGGUGCUGGAAAGAGAGGCCGGUGGGCGGGCGAGUCGGGAGGCGCUGGCUGCCGAGGUCCCGGAGCGGAACCCAGGUGGCGGGAGCCGGUGAGUGGAGCCGUGGCAGAGCCCUGGAGGGGCCGGCGUGGGCGGGAGCGGGACGCGGCCUUUCACUCGGGAAACGCGGGGACCCCUUAG